UCAUUUUAUACCUGCCCUUUUUGGUGCUUGUGCUGUCACCAAGGGAUCAAAUAAAGGCAAAAUAACCGAAAUAAAAAUUAUAAAGAAAUAAAGGCGUUUUAAAAAUAACAUUUAUUUGAUUUUAGAAAAUUGACAAAAAUUGAGGUAAUGGCAAGUUUUAGAGAAAGAUGGAAAAUUUGAAAUGCUUGAAUUGGCCAGUAAAAACUGGCUUUUGUGUAAAUUUUGUUUGCCUCACUUUUUUACCGUUAUAUCUAACACCCACCAAAUUUUACAAUUUUCACGGUCCGUGUAAAAUUAAAAGUAAUCAACCCAUCUUUCCUCAAACACCUCUUUCCCGUUUUAACUUUUCCAAUUCUAGCUUCCUUCCCUCUUGCUGUUUUCACUCUUUAAAUAAAUUUUUACAACUAAACUGAAAAGGAAAGGCACAUUUAACUUUUUUAUUUUUAUAUAAAUUUUACCUUUAAAUUGUUUUGAUUGUAAAGGUUUAUUAUUACAAUUUAAACAUUUAUUUGAUUAUAUAUAUUUUCCUAAAAAAAGAUAUGAUUCUAUUCAACUCAAUUUGCCUUUACUCAGUGUCGAUAUUCUAACCCUUUUUAGCCGUGUCGAGAUCUUAACUUGCGAUAUUUUAUCGACUCGAUGUUUUAAUCCAUCUUUGGCGAGUCGAGAUUUUAACCAACGAUAUUUUAACUGUCGAUAUUUUGUACCUGAAAACUCUGUUAUUUUCUCUUCCUUCACUAUUUCGCACUGAUUCGGUAAAGGUCGGUUCAGAGCGAAAACAACAACUUUGAUCGCGGCCAAUCGAGGGCCAGCCAAACUUGUGAUUGUUUUUACUUUUUUAGCCUAAUCCAAUCCGUGUUAAUCUUUUAUCAUUCGAACCCCUCGAUAAGUGUUAUCUUUUUUCCAACCUGAUGGGUCCAUUUAAAAUUAUCAUUUAGGUUUUAUUUUCUAAAAUUAAAAAUGGCAUCAGUUGGGAAAGCAGUUUCAAAAGAUGUAAAACAACAAAUUAGAACAUCUGCUCUAGCCUUUCUAAACGAAACUUCUAUUUUUGCUUUUGCGGUUGGUGGAGCUUUCAAUCCUACAACUACUGGUUAUUCUAUAGUUGUUGCUCACACCGAUAGGUUUGUCGGUGUUUCCCCUUAUGGUGGUGGUGUUUGGCGAUCUUGGUUUGAUCGUGAUCUCAGUAUUGCUGGACAAGUGAUAUUUAGGGGAGCUCAAAGUGAAAUUCUGCAUAAACUUAUUGAUUUUGGAAGGCCAGCGAUUCAUUUGGAUAGUGAUCGAGGUAAAUUCGAGUUCAACUCUGAACAACAUCUGAAGCCAAUUUUGGCUCAAGUUCCAUCCGACACUUCAACUAAAGAUGAGAAGAAAGGUGAUAAAGAUCAACUUAUUAGUGGUAUUUCAAUUAUUGGCGAUCAUCAUGAUAUACUUUUGAAGUCUAUUGGCGAAUUGGCUGGUUGUGAGCCAGAAGAACUUCUUGAUUUAGACCUCUAUUUGUAUGAUACACAGCCCGCUGAAGAGUUUAUUUCUGGUGCUAGACUAGACAAUUUGGUGGGGACCUACACUUCUAUAAUGGGACUGGUACAAAGUUUAGGCGAUGAACAGGCAUUCUCUACCGACCAAAAUAUUCGCCUUGUUGCUUGUUUUGACAAUGAGGAGGUUGGAAGUGUUAGCGCACAGGGUGCUGCCUCUCAUUUUAUGGAAUGGCUUAUGCGCCGUAUCGUGGCCUCCCCUGAUGAUCCAAAUGCUUUUGAAUGUGCGAUUGGCCGUUCCUACCUGGUUAGUGCAGAUCAAGCGCAUGCUUGUCAUCCCAAUUAUGCAAACAAACAUGAGGACUGUCACAAACCAACUUUCAAUAAAGGCGUAGUUGUCAAAAUAAAUGCAAAUCAGCGUUAUGCAACCUCGGCAGUAACACAUUCUAUAUUUAAAAUAAUUGCGGAAUCAGCAGGGAUUCCUAUACAGAAAGUUGUUGCAAGGACCGACCUACUUUGUGGGUCAACAGUGGGACCAAUUUUGUCUGCCAAAUUGGGAAUUCAGGUUUUCUUUUUGUUUUCAUAUUUGCCAAACUUAAUUCUAAAGACAAUUGAUGUAGGCUGCCCUCAAUUAGCCAUGCAUUCUAUUCGAGAACUUGGAGAUACCUCAUCGAUUCAUUAUGCUACAACGCUUUACUCGCAAUUUUUCAACAAAUUGCCGUCUGUUUUGGGUUCCCUAAAGAAACAUGAACCACCAACUCUAAUGAACGUUGAUUGA